GAAAAGAAUGCAUUGCAUGAACAUUGGGGUGCCAAAGAACGGAGAGGAAGAAUUUCUCACUCUGCUAAGCGGAGUUAUGUCAAAAGGACCAACGACGAUGAAGAAGGAGCAGGAGUAGGAGCUAGCUUUAGUAUCUUUUCAAUAUUUUAGAAAAGAAAGAUGUUCGAGUUAUGGGAAGCAGUUCAGCCUUUUUUAGAAGGGUGUAACGAGCUGCAAAACUAUGCAAGCUCGGAAGCCCAGCCUCCAGCUCAAGUCGAACCCGCGGAGGGCGUGUCGACCAUUCCAAGGGUGGGGUCCGAUGAAGCAGGACCUUCUCACCAAAGAUCAGUGAUAAAAGCAAAUGCUAGCUUUGAGUCGUCAAUGCGAAAUCGCAUUGCACGCCUCGAACAGGACAAUUGCCCCUAUUUACUAGAAAAGGAAAAGGGGGAGUACUGGGCGGAAAUCAAGCAAAAGCUAGACCAUGCCCCCUCUCAGAGGGAGUACAGCCGCUUACUGGAAUUUGAAAACAGGGACCUCCUUAUCCGGGAGCGGAAGCACGAGUGUUUCCGUCUUUUUAACCACGUGCUGGCGAAAAAUCCGGCCUUGCUGAACCAGGCCCCGUACCACCCGCAGGAAGUCUUUGACGACUACCUGGAUGAACAGCGGGAAGCACUCGAUAAACUGACAGAGGAGCCGGUGGGGCAAAGACCAACCAGGCAAGGGGUUACUGUUGAAGAGAGGGACCGACAAGAAAUAGCUUUCUUGGAGGGACUGUCGAUAGAUCUCCAGAGGAGCGGUCCCGACGCAAUCAAACCCAUUUUUGGUCAAUCCUCAACCGGAAACAACGAUUAGUGGAUA